UGGGACUUUCUAUCAAUCAUGGCUCUACUUUCAAAGAAUUUUAUAAUUAGAUCGCUUCAGCCAUUAAUUAGAACGCUUGGUGACAGUAAGAGUGCUGGAUUUCUAGUAAUUAGAACGUUUGGUAACUGCAAGGAAGAUGGAUUACCAGUUCUAGAAAUGUUUACAAAGGAAGAUUGCUCUCUAUGUGAUGAAGCCAUUGAAAAAUUGGAACCCUUUAGGCAUUUGUUUGUAUUGAAGAAGGUGGACAUCACACUGGCUGAAAACAAAGCAUGGUUUGAUAGAUACAAAUAUGACAUUCCAGUGUUCCACCUGGAGGGAAAAUACUUAAUGAGACACAGGGUACACCAAGGAUUACUUAGGAAAAAAUUAAACAAGUUUACUUAAAAGCAAUAUUAAAUGUUUUCAAUUUUGUUUGUUGUAUUUAUCAUUGACACAAAAUGAAAUAAGCACAUCAUAAGUGUCCACAGUUUCACUGUCAGAGUCUACA